UACUUUAGUUAACUUAAGUAUGGAAAUCGCAGUGAUACCAGCAAUUUAAAAUUUCUCACCAUUGGAUUAAAUUUACUUUUCAAUUGCAGAAUUUUUUUUAAAUAUACAGGAUUAAAAUGAUUUUUCUUAAUUUUAUUAAAAUUUAUUUUGACUUUGAAUUCAGAUAUGGCAGGUUCUCAAGGUAGUUUGAGCUUUCUGAAAAUGACAGCUGCUCUGCCAUCUAUACCUUUAUUCAUUGGGUAUAUUUUGAUGAUUGUUGUAUCUGGAUUGUGGCAACGGUGGACUUCACCAUUUCAACUCAAAUCACUUCUUGUUAUCCACAACUUUAGUUGCUGCAUAGCCAAUGCAGUUACACUUUUUGGGUUUUCAAAUGCUUUGAUCAUUAAUGGUUCUGCUUAUGGAAAAACUUCAAGCCCAGUUUUUCUGCAAGCUUUUAAAAUUUACUGGAUUAUUAAGAUUGUGGAGCUGUUUGAUACAGUGUAUCUAGUGUUGAGACAUCGUCGCAGCCAAAUAUCAUUUUUGCAUGUGUAUUACCGCUUCAGUAUGCUGCUUCUUUGUGAUGUGGCGAGACUCUUUUCUCCCUGGCCAUCUAUUGCAACUUUCUUAGCACUUAACUCUUUGGUUCAUGUCAUCUUAUACUUUUACUAUGGACUAGUGGCUUUAACUCCUGAAAACCCACCCAAAUGGGACAAAUCCUUGACUGAAAUGCAAAUAUUUGCAUUUGGAUUUGGAUUGUUCAUUGCAGUGAAUGGAUAUCAUUACCAUAAGUUUUGCAUAUAUAGUAUUCUAUAUAUAAUAACAAUAUUGGUCUUAUUUUUAAACUUUUACUUCCACGCAUAUUUAACAAACCAACCCCAAACAAUAGAAAUUAAAACUCACAAGAAAAAAUAAAACUGAAAAAAAUUAUUUUUUUUAUGUUACAACAAGGCAAUAUUUUAUGUAAAUAGAAUUUAUAUAUAUGUUUGUAGUUUUAAAAAAAAAAUUU